GUAAUACACCUGCCGGAUGACGACGUCACAGCAUUGAAUCUCGUCUUGCGUCUCACUUAUGGCUCCAGCUGGUAUUGCCUUGACUUCGACUUAGGGCACAGUUUGACCAGCAGUACAUUGACCCUAGAUGAAGUCUAUCACAUCACCACGCUAACACACAAAUAUGACUGCACGGAGGUCUUGGCUCCCGUCUUUGACGUUAUGAAAGCGUGGCUUGGCUCAUCUCAGCCUGAGUGUGAGCCUUUCGAGCUGUACCAGUAUGCCUUUAUUUGCUGGGAACUGGGCUAUCAUAGCCCCUUUCAAAAGAUGGUCUUCUGCCUGAUCUUCCAUGUCACCCCUUUAGAGGACACCUCGGAGGCACGGACUAAGGGAGGAUGCAAGCUCUACCAAGUUCCCGGCCUUCAAGACUUUGUGCACAAACGCAGACUUACGACCACAUACGCCUACUACGAAGUCAUUCUGAAGUACCCCGCUGUUAAGGCUGUGAUCGAAGAUGCGUGGAUCGAGCAAAACUGGUGUGUCGCGGGUCAGAGUUCCAAAGAAAGAGGACGAUGCCGGUCGUACAUAAUAGGCGAAGUUUUGUCAACGAUAAAGCUUUGCGGCCUGUGGCCGCUAACAUCUGACAAGGGCCCGCUUGGGUCUUAUGUACACACGCUUAAUGAGAUCAUACAGGGUCUACCGAUGGAAGGUCACGGAAUUCCUGGUCAUGAGAAGUGCCUGGGCUCCCUUCGCGCGAAAGAGGCUAUCGAGGAAACCAAGGAGCUGAAAUCCGAGCUGGACAGGGCGAUCAACCAGUUUGACGCGGCACAUUUCCCAAAGCAGUGGAAGAGAACUCAUCCAACUCUGCACAAACCCUCCUAGAUUUACAAGAGGGCCUUUACCCACUCUUGAUGGAGUGUCCACGGUAAAAGUUCCUGGUGGAGUAGCAGUGAGGAAAGCAAGUUGACACAUCACAGCUAUAUUGCCGCUUGGGUUUUCCUGUAUAGUAUGGUACUUGGCUGGCACAGGCAAGACUUUUGAACAUGGAUGGUAGUAUUUAGCAAUGAUCAGCUGCAC